AUGGAGCAAAAAAUCGGUCCCUAUAGUAUUGCAUUGGUCUCAGAUUUUUUCUGUCCAAAUGCGGGUGGUGUGGAGACGCAUAUCUAUUUUCUGGCACAAUGUUUGAUAAAUUUGGGACAUCGAGUAGUGGUUGUAACUCAUGGAUAUGGUGAUCGCAAGGGUGUUAGGUACCUUUCCAAUGGUUUGAAGGUUUACUAUCUUCCGUUUAUCGUUGCUUAUAAUGGUGCUACGUUGUCAUCUAUCAUUGGGAGUAUGCCGUGGCUUCGAAAAGUGUUUUUAAGGGAAAAUGUGCAAAUUAUUCAUGGUCAUUCGUACUCCCUUAUCAACGUCGAUCAAAUAAUCUGCGUCUCGUAUACGUCGAAAGAGAAUACUGUACUACGUGGAAAGCUGGACCCAAAUAAGGUUUCAACGAUUCCGAAUGCUAUUGAGACAUCGCUGUUCACUCCGGACACUGAUCAGUUUUUCAAAAAUCCAACGACAAUUAUCUUUUUGGGACGACUGGUUUAUCGGAAAGGAGCCGAUUUGUUAUGUGAAAUUGUUCCGAAAGUAUGCGCCCGCCACAAAACGGUCCGUUUCAUAAUCGGCGGAGACGGUCCGAAACGGAUAGAACUCGAGGAAAUGCGUGAGAAAUACAAUCUCCACUCUCGUGUCGUGAUGCUUGGAAUGCUGCCUCAUAAUCAAGUGAAACAAGUGCUAAAUCAGGGACAAAUCUUCAUAAAUACCUCUCUAACCGAGGCAUUUUGUAUGAGUAUUGUCGAAGCGGCCAGUUGUGGACUUCAUGUCGUUUCGACGAGAGUUGGAGGCGUUCCAGAAGUGUUGCCCAUCGACGAAUUCAUUUCUUUGGAGGAACCAGUACCUGAUGAUUUGGUGGAGGCACUUUUGAAAGCUGUUGAAAAACGAGAAAAAGGCAAAUUGAUGGAUCCGUAUAAGAAGCAUGAAGCUGUUUCGAAAAUGUACAAUUGGCCAGACGUCGCGGAACGAACACAAGUGAUUUAUCAGAAGGCCGUGGAAACCGGGUCGCCUGGAAGGCUGGAUAGGCUGAAAGGCUAUUACGACCAAGGCAUCGGUUUCGGAAUCCUGUACAUCGUCGUGGCUUGCAUCAUAAUUUUCUGGCUGAAAAUCCUAGACAUUUUCGAUCCGCCAGCCAAGAAUCGACUGAAAGAGAAGCCCAAAUCUCAAUGA